UCCGCGUGAUCUCAGUGACCCGCUUGACCCUGCAGUAUGGGUGAACCCCAUUGGGUGAACUCGUUCUGGGAUGACGAGUUGUGGCUUCCCCCCAAUGUGACGUGGAAAGACUUGGAGUCCACGGAGAUUGUGCAGUAUGCCAAUUUCUACGAUCUUUGGCUUCCCAUUCCAGCCGCUUUCAUCGUGAUGAGUCUUCGAAUUCUAAUUGAAAGAUACAUUUUCCGUCCGUUCGGGGUUCAUCUGGGUCUUCGACCACAUCGGCAUCGGCCUGCUCCGCCCAAUUCCAUACUCGAGCGACAGUUCCACAAAUCGCCAAGGGUCAGCCAUGACGACAUCACAGUGUUGGCCACUCAAGCCAAGAUGUCCACCCGACAAAUCGAGCGAUGGUUCCGCAAACGAGUGGCUCAAGAUCGUCCCACGACGUUGGAAAAAUUCGCCGAAACCGGGUGGCGAUGGCUGUACUAUUCAUUUAUGUUCGUAUACGGAUUGGUGUGUCUGUGGGACAAACCUUGGCUGUGGGACAUUCGACAUUGCUGGUUCCAUUACCCGCGCCAUCCCGUGCCUCAAGGCGUGUGGUGGUAUUACAUGGUGGAGCUGAGCUUUUAUUGGUCGUUGGCCAUUUCGCAGUUCUUUGAUGUGAAACGAAAGGACUUUUGGGAAAUGUUCAUCCACCAUGCCAUCACCAUCCUUCUUAUGUCCAUGUCGUGGACUUGCAAUCUGACCCGAGUGGGAACACUCGUCCUGGUUAUUCAUGACUGUGCAGAUAUUCUCCUAGAGGCUGCUAAGAUGUGCAAGUACACGAAUUAUCAGACUUUGUGUGAUAUAAUCUUUGGCUGCUUCGCUGUCACUUGGAUCGUCACUCGAUUGGGCGUAUAUCCAUCAUGGAUCCUCUACAGCACAACCAUCGAUGCCCCUCAAAUCGUGGAAAUGUUCCCGGCUUACUACCUGUUCAAUGGACUACUGUCCAUGCUCUUGGUGCUUCACGUUAUUUGGACCUACUUCAUACUCAAAAUUUUAUACAAGGCCUUUCAUACGGGCAAGACUGAGAAGGACACGCGAAGCGAUUCGAGUGCGAUCACAUUGUCCAGCAAUCCGUCUUCUUCCCUCGAAGGCGAGGAGAACCACAAUAAGCAGGACUAAGUGGAAGAAGAGUGUGGAGACACUUCCAUGGUCAAUCAUCAAUGUUUAAACCGAUCAUCAUUUAUCACUAUGGUUAUGCCCAUCAUGAUUUCUUCUACCAUUCCAUGACCAUUUCUAUAUUAUUUUUUUACUCUCUUGAUCGCUAUUUGGAUAGGUGCUACACAGCUAUUGGGGUGGGUGGGAGUAAUUCCUAUAUUUCCUAAGUAGCACAGUAGCACAAGACCGACCCCAUGUGCGACGGUAUGUCGUAGCUCAGGGAACCAUGCUUCUUGCCGUUGUGAAACCAUGAUAUCGCAAAAGUUAUUCUCAACUUUAUGAUUGUACAGUAAUAAUAACAAUAAUAACAACACCAAUAUACUGAGAAUAGUAAUGAUAACAUUUACCGUCAUGGCGGCGAUAUUGAUACCAUUCCGUGCUCUAUUAAACUCAUGAUGUCAGACUUAUUUCUUCGGAGAAUUUCACAACGUUUUUACCACCCGAUGAUCAUCAAAUGACGAACAUACAUGUGUGAUAAGGCCAUCUAAAGUUCCGAAUGCAAAGCGGUUCCUUAAUAUUGAAAGCAAACAAAAACCUCUAAAAGCAAUUAGUUUCAAAGAAUCCCUAUGGCAACCCUCCUCUGAACCGUCGAAGUCUCUUUGCAUAAAUAUUCCAUCGGGGAUAGCGCACUCUAUUCCUACGCAUUUCUACCUAUGAGUACAUUAUCAUUUGCGAUAAUUCGACGGAACUUACCCUUUGUGGUGAAUAUUUUUUAACUCUUCCAACGCUUCUGAUGUGCUUGUGACCACUCAAACGAUUCCGGCUCUUGUAUUGAGCAUCAGAUUACUCUACCGAAAUACAAUAUAAAAUACAAUCCAA